AGCCAUUUGGGCUCGAGGUUCUUCUACUCGGGCAAAUGUGGUUUGCGUGAAUUCGUAGUUCAAUGCGUUAUGUUCCCAGUCUGAUUGUUGUUGCAACAGGCGUUUGCAGGGACGUUACGCGACCUUCGAGAUGGUGAAAGCAUAUGCCACCGUACCUAUCUUACUCCACAGCUGCACGGCCACUGCGCCGUCUAUUCGGAAGCCACACAUCAUUCACAUUCUGGCCGACGAUCUAGGCUGGGCUGAUAUCGGCUAUCACCGUUCAGCAAGGGAUCGCGACGUGCAGACACCAAACCUUGACGCCAUGAUGAAAAGUGGGAUUGAGUUGGAUCGAUUUUAUGUCUUCCAAUUCUGUGCUCCCUCGAGAAGCGCAAUUCAGACAGGGCGCAGUCCCAUUCAUGUCAAUGUCCAAAACAUCGGUCCUGAAACGGCGAAUCCCCUAGAUCUGGAUGGUGGUUGGCAGGGCAUUCCCGUGAACAUGACCGGUGUUGCUUCCCUCCUGCGCAAAGCAGGAUACAGGACACACAUGGUCGGCAAGUGGGAUGUCGGGAUGGCGACCAUGGCGCAUCAUCCACGGGCGCGGGGCUAUGAAUCUUGGUUGGGGUACUGGCAUCACUCCAACGACUACUGGCAGCACAAGGUUGGUAGGUGUGGCCUGGAGGAGCUCAGAGAUCUUUGGCGGUACGAUUCGGACUACGAUGGCCCUGCGUCUGACAUGGCCAACGGGCCGCACUGCAGCCAGGGGAACCAGGCGCCAAGCAAUGAGACCUGCGUGUACGAGGAGAGGGUCCUGACAGACCGCGUGAAGGACGUGAUCCACAGCCACAGCGCGUCUGAGCCUCUGUUUCUCUUCUGGUCCAUGCACCUGGUGCACUACCCGCUGCAGGUGCCUCGCGAAUACUUGCAGAAGUUCGCCUUCAUAGAAAACAGCAACCGACGGCAUUUGCACGCGAUGGUAAACUACAUGGACGACGUUGUGGGCGAGGUCGUGGCAUUGCUGAAGACGCGUGGCUUGUGGGCGAACGCUCUCGUAGUGUUCCAUAGCGACAACGGCGGAGAGAUCAUCUUCGAUGGUGUGUGCGGUGGCAACAAUUGGCCUCUACGUGGUGGGAAGUUCUCGAACUUCGAAGGCGGUAUCAGGGUGAACGCGUUUGCUACUGGAGGGUUUAUCGAAGACGCCUUCGGCGAGGCAUCGUCGCCCCUGGUGGCCACAAGAGGCCAGUGCGUCCCCGGUGGGCUUGCCUGGGGGUCUCUUUGGCCCUGCUUGGCGACCUCCCUCUUAUUGCAUUGGGGCUCUCUUCAGGCCCUCGUGGGCAGUCCUUGAGGUCGCUCGGGGCCCUCCUAGUGGAGUGCACUCGUUCGCU